GGGCUUCCGCUUUCCCCUUCUCCCUCCUCUCGCCCGUCCUGCGGUAGCUGCUGCCAGCACGGUGUCCGCUGCCGGACGCGGUGUCGGCUUGUGGUCGGUUGGCUUCGGCUUCGGUGUCGCUGCGGGCGAGUUGGGCCGUCAUGGCUGAGCUGGAUCCUUUCGGCGCUCCCGCCGGUGCGCCCGGUGGCCCCGCGCUGGGGAACGGAGUGGCGGGCGCCGGAGAGGAAGACCCGGCCGCGGCCUUCUUGGCGCAGCAGGAGAGUGAGAUUGCGGGCAUCGAGAACGAUGAGGCCUUCGCCAUCCUGGACGGUGGUGCCCCCGGGCCGCAGCCGCACGGCGAGCCGCCGGGGGGUCCGGAUGCCGUUGAUGGAGUGAUGAAUGGUGAAUACUAUCAGGAAAGUAAUGGUCCAACAGACAGUUAUGCAGCCAUUUCAGAAGUGGAUCGAUUGCAGUCAGAGCCUGAAAGUAUCCGUAAAUGGAGAGAAGAGCAAACGGAGCGCUUGGAGGCCCUUGAUGCCAACUCUCGGAAGCAAGAAGCGGAGUGGAAAGAAAAAGCAAUAAAGGAGCUAGAAGAAUGGUAUGCAAGACAGGAUGAGCAGCUACAGAAAACAAAAGCAAGCAACAGGGUGGCAGAUGAAGCUUUCUACAAACAACCCUUCGCUGACGUGAUUGGUUAUGUCACAAACAUAAACCAUCCUUGCUACAGCCUAGAACAGGCAGCAGAAGAAGCCUUUGUAAACGACAUUGAUGAGUCAUCCCCUGGCACUGAGUGGGAGCGGGUGGCCCGCCUGUGUGACUUUAACCCCAAGUCCAGCAAACAGGCCAAAGAUGUCUCUCGCAUGCGCUCAGUCCUCAUCUCCCUGAAGCAGGCCCCUCUGGUGCAUUGAAGAGCCACCCUGUGGAAACACUACGUCUGCAAUAUCUUAAUCCUACUCAGUGAAGCUGUUCACGUAAUUGGAUUAAUUAUGUUGAGUUCUUUUGGACCAAACCUUUUGUCUUUAGAGUUGAUCAUUGUUUGUGAUUGCAUGUUUCCUUCAACUGUGUUCUCCCUGGCAUACAGAGAAGAGAGGGGAGGAGGAAGAGGAAGGGAGGGAAGCUCCCUACAGUAGCCUCAACCCGUGCUUUUGUGCAUUAUUCUAAGAAUAAAUUUCUGUUUCAAACAAUA